AUGGUCAAAGCGGCUCGAUCUUUCCAGUGUCAGCGAUGCUCUCGCGCAUUUGCCCGUUUAGAGCAUCUCCAGCGCCAUGAUCGGUCGCACACCAAGGAAAAGCCAUACAUUUGCGAUCAAUGUCCCAAGUCAUUCACUCGCCAAGAUCUCUUGGCUCGACAUCAGCGCCUGUCCCACAGUCCUUCAUCCAACGACAACAGCAACGUCAACACCAACAAUGCCAACGACACAACUCCGCAAUCAGUCCCUACUGACCAUGUGUUGGACGGGUUAAAUAUCCUUGCCUCAGCGGUCGCGGAUCGGUCCGUGUCCACUCCUCAUGGGCCUCAACCCCAGGGACCGGCCCAGCAUCCACUCUCGGCCAGCCAAGGCUCGUCCUUUACUUCCGUGUUGCCGGCAGCCGCGGAUCAGACAACGCUGGCCGGCCAUAAUUUACGGCUUGCCGCCCAGGGCACAGCAGAUGCUACGACUUCUACCACUACUACGGCCUUUGCCGAAUCUCUAUCAGGGUACGCGGCUGCCAAUGCUUACGACGGCGACGACUUUACCUCCUUUCUAGACAGUAUUCCGCUGCCCAGCCACCCAUACUCCCCAACAUAUCAACCACUGCCCCUGUUUCCAGGGUGGCCGUUGGACCCGACCGCCGGCUACGACGGAACCGCCGCAACGGAGGGAAACGCAAAGCAGUCGAGGCCGGUGCUCCCCCGUCAUGGCACCCAAUUGCCCUCUCUUCAACCCGAAGAGUCCGAUGCGGCCUAUCAAAGGGCACGGCCGCCCAGGAUUGCCACCAUCUCGGUCACCGCACAAUGCCGCAAUCGAAUCGCUGCGUUGCUCGCAGACUACUCCAAUGUUCUCCCGAACGCCUUCCUCCUGUCGCGACACGCCUUGUCGCGAUGUCUCACGGGCUAUCUGACCGGGUACCAUGACCACUACCCAUUCAUCCACAUCCCUACCCUGGACAUUGACCGGUUGAGUCUGCCGCUUUUUCUGUCCAUGGCCGCAUUGGGGGCGCGAUACUGCCGCGAACCGGACACCAGCUCGAGUCUCUACCACAUCGCCCGAACCGUCACGCUGGAACACAUUCGGAGGAGGUACCAGUUUCCCACAGCCGAGGACGACUCGGAGAAGCUCAGACUCGCCAAUCCCCCGACUCCCGAAAACCAGGACUUACUCGAAACCAUCCAGGCGUUACUGCUGCUCCACUCCGUCGCGUCAUGGUUCAAGCGCGACCCGGCUUACUCAGAGUCCCUCUCGAUCCGCAGCGUCACGGAGACGCUGCUGCGGAUGGGAGGGUUGAACGAAUUACCGGAGCAGGACGGCUCCUGGAAGAGCUGGGUGCGCCGGGAGUGCGUGAAGCGGACCAUCCUGACCGUCUUCUGCUUCCUCAACAUCCUCACCAUCGUUUUCGACCUGCCACCCAUGAUUCUCGCCGAGGAAUUUAGUCUGGAUCUGCCAUGCACGGAGAAGGAAUGGCAGGCUGCGAGGGCCAGCGCCUGGCUGCAGGAACGACGCCAAGUCCAACCGGAGCCCAAGCUCCAGGACGCGCUGUCGUCGCUGUUCGCCCCGGCGCCAGCGGCCAAAGCACACCUGGAAAGCUUCUCUUCCCUCGGCGGAUAUGUGCUGAUCCACGCCAUCCUCCAGGACAUCUGGCUCCUGCAGAAAGCCCGCCGACUGCGCCUGGCGCGCAACCGCUCGCUCUCCACGACGGAAACGCUCUCGCUCGAACAAGCGCUCGAACACUGGUGCCAAUGCUGGGAGCGCAACCAGGAAUCUUCCAUCGACCCGUUCAACCCGCAUGGUCCCCUCUCCUUCACCUCCACCGCCCUCCUCCGUCUCGCCUACAUCCGCCUCAACGCCGACUUCACCGCCGCCCGGCAGCUCCAGACCUGGAACCCGGACCGGAUCGCGCGGUCGCUCCGGGAGAAUCUGUGCGUGCAGCGCGGGGACCGGCUGACGCGGGCGGCGCUCCAUUGUGCCCAUGCGCUCAGCACGCCCAUCAAGCUGGGCAUCAACUACGUCGCCCACACGCAGGUGGUCUCCUGGUCGAACCAGUAUGCGUUGUGUUCGCUGGAGUGUGCGGUGCUGCUGGCAAAAUGGCUCGAGGCGGCGACGGAGGCGAACCCGGUGCCCGCGCUGACGGAGCAGGAGAGCAAGCUGCUGGAGUUUGUCAUCGAGAUGGUGAUGGAGACACAGCACGGGGUGACUCGGGAGUGGUUAUUGGGGAACAAUGCCCGGCUGAGCGCGAUUGUCACUCGUCUCUGGGCGCGGCUGUUCACGGCGGAUUAUAUCUGGGAGCUGGUGAAUCUCAUCGGACGGUCACUGGGUCGCUAUGCGGACCUUCUGGACGGCGAUAUGACGUGA